AUGGACGAGAUCGCGCUGCUGCAACAGCAGCUCGCGGCCGUACAGCAGCAGGAGGCGGCGCUCAAGUUGUCAGACCACAACGUCAUCGACCUGCUGCUCAAGCUGCAACAACUGGGAAAGCUUCAGGUCAUCCACACGCGCACAGGCAAGCAAUUUCUGACGCCUCUUCAGAUUCAGCGGGAGAUCGCCGACUACGUGGCGUUGCAUGGCGGGCGGUUGAGCCUCACGGAACUGGAAAAGCUCAUUGAUGUGGACCGAACUCGCGUGGAGAAGCAAGCAACUGCGCUGUGUCGAGGCAGCAGAAGCAAGGACUCGUACCACCUGGUAAACAACGGCGAGGAGCUGCUCACGAGCUGGUAUCUCGACGGUAUCAUGGAGGACACGGACGUGCUGCUUCAGGAGAGCGGUACCACGUCUAUAGGCGAUCUGGCUCAGCAGUUCGAUUUCGCUGUGGACUACAUGCGCGAUGUGGUGCGCACGAGACUGGGCAGCAUUCUGAAGGCUAGAGAGAGGGACAACGUGCUCUACACCGACUCGUACGUGACAGCGCAGAAGGCGCGCCUUCGAGGAGUGUUCGCAGCUGUCACGCGGCCUGUAUUCGUGCCUGAUGUGCUCAGGAGCUUCAGCUUCGAUGAAGCUGUGGCCAACGAGGCUCUGACGGAGCUGAUACAGUCGAAAGUGCUGAUGGGCACACUGAGAGGCCGCGAGUACGUGCCGUACGUGUUCAUGGCAGCACAGAGAGAGAGUGUGUACUCGUUCUUCCAGCAGAAUGGAUACCUGGAGCAUGCUCGAGCGAAAGAACUUCAAGUUGCCAGACCCUACGACUUUCUGAAGAAACGUUUCCCUGAUGCUGUGCCGCUGCAAGAAAGUGUCGUGAGUCGGGCGCUGCAGCUUCAGCUGGAAGGAGCAGUCGAGGCUGCGGUUAAUGAUAAUUCGUUCGUGGAUGUGCGUUCGCUGCUGCCGAGUGCACUGCCAGCGGGAGAUGUGGGAUUAUUGCUGGGUAUGUCGCCAGCAUUGGAGAAGGCGGGGCAUGUGUCCAAGGCAUUCCAGAUCGCUGACAAUUAUGCUGUCAGCUCCGGGUUCUUUGCUUCUUGCUGGGAGAAAUUUGGUGAAGACGCCACGACUAAAGCUUCCCGUGCGGCGGCACAGCAAAAGACCUGCGCGGUUCAAACUAGUGCUCGUGAGAGUAGACAAGAGGUGGAGGAAGGAGAUGAUUCGGAUGACGAGGAUGCCAGCAGCAAGCGCGGUAAGAAGGGAAAACGCAGUAAGGGCGGCAACAAGCGCGAUCCGGAAGAGUCGGGAGGGCGCAGUGGGAAGUCUGGAAAGGGAAAGAAGGGGAAGCGAGGACCAAAGCAUGGCGGAGACGCUGGUGACGACAAGAGCAGAUCAGUUUCUACCCAGUUUCUUAUCGUACCUUCGCGAGAAGAAACGACUGCGCUUCUUGUGAAAUGGUUUCCUGCUGUUGAGGAUAUCGAGGGUGAUGAUGAGUUUAUGGAUGGAAUGGUUUUGCAUUUGGAACCGAAGAUAAACGAGCUGUAUUCAGCCGCAUUGGCCAAGGCUCUGUCUAGUAUUAUUCGCGGCGAUGCGGCGUCACUGCGCGAACUGCGUAAGGUGUUUGAAGACCGGUUCGAUGAGCAGCUCACCAAGUUGCUCGUGUUGGAGAAAGGUUUCAAUAAACUGUCGAUGCAAGUUGAUGCCAAAGAUCCUGCUGACAUGGAGCAGCUUGCUUUUGUGGAGAAGCACGUGCUUGAUUCGUCUGCUGUGGAACUCGCCGCUCUGGUGACUAGCUUCAUGGCUGAGAGCAACAGUCUAGACCUCGAGGGGGUGCCUCACUUCGAUGAGAACAAGAAGGUGCUCGAGUCGGCCCUUCCACAGUCCACUGCAAGUGCCCUCGUGCGGUUAUGGACGCUUGCUACGGCUGGUCGUUGGUCACUAAGCGAUUUCACGGCCCACGUUCCAGUGUUGGCUGAGGCUCUCAGUAUGCCACUCAGGAAGCUGGACCGCAAAAAGGAGCGCCAAGUUAUCUUCAGCUACCGACAGGCCACACUUGCAGAAUUGGAGGAGAAUGCUACCUUGGCAACCGAGAGCUACCAACACUGUGCUUUGGUCGCAACGUUGAUUCUGCAGCUUUUCUUCCAGCAGACGACGAGUCUUCCAGGCAGCUUUCCACGUGACACAGUAUCGUACGGUGGAAUGGUGGUGAAGGCAUUCAAAGAUUCUAACACUUGGAGUGAACGUCUGGACACUGCGCGCGAAUUAGUUCUCUUGAAAGACCUCAACUCCGUCCAGUGA